GAAGAAGAAUUUAAAUGGCUUUUACAAGAAGAGGUCCAUGUUGUUUUGAAACAGCUGCAGGAUAUUUUGAAGGAGGCCUCUCAACGCUUUGCCCUGCCUGCCAGUGGCUUGGGAGGAGCUGUCAAGCAGGAGAACUUUGUGCUGAGCACAUCGGGCACAGACCAGGUGAAAGGAGUGUUGACGCUGCAGGGAGAUGCCCUAUGUCAAGCUGAUGUUAAUCUGAAAAUGCCCAGAACUAAUCAGCUCUUGCACUUCACAUUUCGGGAAGACAAGCAGUGGAAAUUGCAGCAGAUCCAGGAUGCUAGAAAUCAUGUGAACCAAGCUAUUUACCUGCUUAUGAACAGAGAUGUAAACUACCAGUUCAAAACAGGCUCGGAGGUUCUCAAGCUUAUGGACGCUGUGAUGUUACAGCUCUCAAGAGCCCGAAAUCGGCUUACCACUCCAGCCACUCUAACUCUACCAGAGAUUGCCUCCAGUGGUCUCGCAAAAAUGUUCACUCCUGCUCUGCCUCCAGACAUACUUGUGAAUUUCUAUAUUAACCUGAAUAAGCUGUGCCUGACUGUCUACCAACUCCAUGUGCUGCAGCCCAGCACAACCAAGAAUGUCAAGCUUGCUGGAGGGUCCAUUUUACACAACCCUGGAGCCAUAUUUGAGUUUGGCAACCAGCGGUAUGAAGUCAGCCAUGUCCAUAAAGUGGAAUGUGUUGUCCCAUGGUUAAAUGAUGCCCUUGUCUUCUUCACAGUUUCACUGCAGCUUUGCCAGCAACUGAAGGACAAGAUCUCCGUUUUCUCCAGUUACUGGAACUACAGGCCAUAUUAGUUCUCUGUGAAGUCUCCAAGCCCUUACAGCAGCUCCAGUGUCUUUGUUUGUUUUCAACAUGCCAGCUGAGUCCAGGUCAGCCUGAGGAGUGCUAUGGUUCACUACCUACCCUGUGGCUCUCCAUAGGGUAGGGUCAGUAUAUCCUGAGAGACAGCUUUAGUAGCCUUGUUUGGGACUGCAUAAGCAGGGCACUGAGCAAUGCUGUGUCAUUGGCAAGAGAUUGCUCCUGUCUUUGUUCCCAUGUGCGUUGUGUGGCU